GAUGAAGUAAUACUAAUGUUGUCCACCAGAAGGAGACACAGGAUAAGAAAUCAUUUGAUCUCAUAGCUCAAAAUCUGUGUAAAUGGUUCAAUUUAAAUAGAUUGACUUGCAGAAAUCUGUGAUCUCCUAAAUAUCCUACUUCAUGAUCAUUAUGAAUGAUUGGACAUCGCAUCGCUAACAUUUUUCCACUGUAGUUUUCAGACGGUCCAUAUGGGAUCCACCGAAUACAACCAACUUUACCGCCCAAUAAAUGUGUCAUGCUGUACUGUAUGGUAACAAUUUAUACGAAGCUAAAGCAUGAAAUCAAUUAUUCAGGGACAAACACACAAAACGUGCACCGAGCUCGUAACGUGACGUCAUCACCGCUCGCGCUAUAAAAAGUGAAAGUAAAUGAACAGAGUUGAUGGAAUAUCAAUGUGUUUUUAGAGGAACCUUUAUAAAAGAUCUUCCCUCCAGAGUCAGUGUUGGAGAUCAGAUUCUGUUUCAACUGUUCAGAUUCAUCAUGGAUGGCACACAAACAUCCAGAGAUGAAGAUUUUUCUCCAGGAUUCAGUUCAGUUGAUCAGAAGAGAUCAGAACCAGAGUCCAGCUGUGUGUCUCUGAGGAGUGACAGAUCUAUGGGUCAACCAGUACAUUUUAAGAGUGGAGAUACACAGACUGAUCUCAGUUCAGUUGAUCAGAAGAGAUCAGAACCAAAGUCCAGCUGUGUGUCUAUGAGGAGUGACGAGUCUAUGGGUCAACCAGUACAUUUUAAGAGUGGAGAUACACAGACUGAUCUCAGCUGUGUGUCUAUGAGGAGUGAAGAGUCUAUGGGUCAUAAAAUACAUUUAGUCCUCAACAGGUUUAGAUCAAAUCUGAAGAAGAAGUUUGAGUGUCUGUAUGAGGGAACAGCACAGCAGGGAAACCCAACACUCCUGAAUGAGAUCUACACAGAGCUCUACAUCACAGAGAGUGAGAGUGGAGAGAUCAGUAAUGAGCAUGAGGUGAGACAGAUUGAGACACAAUCCAGGAGAGCAGCAACAGAGGACACACCGAUCCAAUGCAAUGACAUCUUUAGACCUUUACCUGGACAAGACAAACCCAUCAGAACUGUGCUGACAAAGGGAGUCGCUGGCAUUGGAAAAACAGUCUCUGUGCAGAAGUUCAUCCUGGACUGGGCUGAAGGGAAAAAGAAUCAGGACGUCCAGCUCAUAUUUCCACUUCCUUUCAGAGAGAUCAAUUUGAUGAAGGACAAAACACUCAGUCUUUCUGAUCUUCUUCAUGUCUUUUUCCCUGAAACAAAAGAAAUGGAAAUAUCCAGUGACAAAUAUAAAGCGUUGUUCAUCUUUGAUGGUCUGGACGAGUGUCAUCUGUCUCUGGAUUUUCAGAGCGAUGUGAGGUUGUGUGAUGUAAGUGAAUCAGCCUCAGUGGACGUGCUGCUGACGAACCUCAUUGUGGGGAAUCUGCUUCCCUCUGCUCUCAUCUGGAUCACCUCCAGACCAGCAGCAGCUGAUCUCGUCCCCUCUGAGUGUGUCCAUCGAGUGACAGAGGUACGGGGCUUCAAUGAGCCACAGAAGGAGGAAUACUUCAGGAAGAGAAUCAGUGAUCAGAGUCUGGCCAAUACAAUCAUCUCACACCUGAAGUCAUCAAGGAGCCUCGACAUCAUGUGCCACAUCCCAGUGUUCUGCUGGAUCUCAGCCGCUGUUCUAGAGAAGAUGUUGAGCGAAGCAGAGAGUGGAGAGAUUCCCAAGACUCUCACUCAAAUGUACACACACUUCCUGAUCCUUCAGACCAACAUCAAACAUGAAAAGGACUAUGAGAAGAACGUGACAGAUGAAGACAUGAUCCUCAAACUGGGGAAAGUGGCUUUUCAGCAGCUUGUGAAAGGCAAUGUGAUCUUCUAUGAGGAAGACCUGAGAGAGUGUGGCAUUGAUGUGACAGAAGCAUCAGUGUACUCAGGAUUGUGCACUAAGAUCUUCAGAGAGGAGUUUGGCUGGUAUCAGGGGAAAGUCUUCAGCUUUGUUCAUCUGAGCGUUCAGGAACAUCUAGCAGCGCUAUAUGUGCAUCUCUCCUGUACAAACAACAACAUACAUGUGUUUGAUCAGAGUUUGUGGUAUAAAGUUAAGGAGAGGUUUCAACUCAAUUCAUCAAAACAUGUUUCAUUAUCUGAGCUGCAUCAGAGAGCUGUGAAUGAGGCUCUACAGAGUAAAAAUGGACAUCUGGACCUUUUCCUGCGGUUUCUUCUGGGUCUGUCAGUGGAGUCUCAUCAGAUUCUCCUACAAGGACUAAUGAAACAGAGAAGAAGCAGAUCUGACAGCAAUAAGAAAACAGUUGAGUUCAUCAAGAAGAAGAUCAGGUCCAUUGACUCUCCAGAGAAAUCCAUCAGUCUGUUCCACUGUCUGAAUGAACUGGGUGAUCAUUCACUAGUGGAGGAAAUACAACAGUAUCUGACAUCUGGAAGAAUAAAGGAAGUCAAACUCUCUUCAUCUCAGUGGUCAGCUGUAGUUUUUGUGUUGUUGACCUCAGAGAAAAAGCUGGAUGAGUUUGAUCUCACAAAGUUUAUUCUAGGAAAAAAUAAAGCUGAAGAUAUGAAAGUUUAUCUGAAGCUGCUGCCUGUGAUUAAAGAAUCCAGAUCAGUUCAGUUGACUGAUUGUGGACUCACAGAUGAAGGUUGUGCUGCUCUGACUUCAGCUCUGAGAUCAAACCCCUCACACCUGAGAGAACUGGAUCUGUCUUGGAAUAAAAUAGGAAAAUCAGUGAAUCUGCUGUCUGAUGUACUACAGGAUCCUUACUGUAAACUGGAGAAACUGCGGUUGACUGAUUGUGAUAUCACAGAUGAAGGUUGUGCUGCUCUGGCUUCAGCUCUGAGAUCAAACCCCUCACACCUGAGAGAACUGAAUCUGUCUAGGAAUAAAAUAGGAAAAUCUGUGAAUCUGCUGUCUGAUGUACUACAGGAUCCUCACUGUAAACUGGAGAAACUGCGGUUGAUUAAUUGUGGAGUCACAGAUAAGGGUUGUGCUGCUCUGACUUCAGUUCUGAUAUCAAACCCCUCACACCUGAGAGAACUGAAUCUGUCUGGGAAUAAAAUAGGAAAAUCAGUGAAUCUGCUGUCUGAAGUUCUACAGGAUCCUCACUGCAAACUGGAGAAACUGUGGUUGAGAGAUUGUGGAGUCACAGAUGAAGGUUGUGCUGCUCUGACUUCAGCUCUGAGAUCAAACCCCUCACACCUGAGAGAACUGAGUCUGAUUGGGAAUAAAUUAGGACAUUCAGGACGUGAACUGCUCACUGAUCUAAAGAAUUCUCCACAUUAUAAACUAGAGACACUGCGGUUUUGAGGAAAUUCCCAUUUCCAUUAAAAUAUCCGCUCUGAGUCCGGCUCCACACACUCUCCUCACGGACACUCUCUUCUUUCUCCACUCUAACUUGAGAAAUUCACCACAGUGUUUAUAAACUCCUCUGAUCUGAAUCACGCAGCAGAAACCACAGGGUCCUGAAGCAGAGAGCUCAGAGAGCUGACAGAGAGACACCUUUUGUGUUUCUUGUUAUACAUACUGAAUACAGAUUGAUAGAUUAAUAAUUAUAGCUUUUUUAAGACAGGGUUUCAUCAAUGUUAAUGACUGUACAGAAUGUGAAUUAUACACUAACUCUGUUAACUUGUAUAUAUGUAUGUAUAAAAUACUGUAUAACUGUGUAAAUAACAUACAUUUCUGACUGCACUGUAUUAAAGUCUCACUCACAUAAAAUGACACUAUUGUCACUUUAAAAUUACUUUACAGCA